UUUUGACUGGCGUGCAGCCUCCUCGUGGGUACCUGUAUCAAGUAUAUAAAAGUGGACAUGAAGAUUGCCGGACCCAGAAGAGGGGAUCAAAAACUAUUAGAACAAUUCAAGUUCUAUGGUGAAAAAGAUACACUUCGUCAUGGAAAGACAUGCUUCUAUAGUGGCUUUUCUUCUAGCUGUUCUGGCGCUGACCGAGUCCCAAGCCUUCACCUCCGUGAAACUGCCGAGGGACGAGCACUGGCCCUACAAUUAUGUGUCUAUUGGACCGGCUGGCGUGUGGGCUGUCAACCGUCAAAACAAACUCUUCUACCGAACGGGAACCUACGGCGACAACGCCAACAUUGGCUCUGGAUGGCAGUUCAAGCAGGACGGUGUUGGGCAAGUUGAUGUAGGUAAAGACAAAGUAGGCUAUAUCAAUCUAUCGGGGGGAUCACUGUUUCGUAUUGACGGCAUCUCUCAAGCCAAUCCUGUCGGCGGUUCCCCUAAAAGCUGGGAGUGGUGGACGAAAUACAUUGGCAUGUCUCUAAGAGAAGACACACGUUUCUCUUCUCGUAUCGAAAACCAAAAUAAAGUUCUUACUUUUACAUUUCGAACCUGUUUCUGGGCUAGCCGCAUAACCAACUGGUGUUUCGCUGAUAGUAGUUAUACCGAAACUGUUACCGCUGGUGGCUCCGGUACAUGGAUCACCAAAAGCCAGUUAAAGUAUAAAAGUGGAACCUUCGGCAACCCUGACACCGAGGGAGGAGAUUGGAUCACUGUCGACUCGGGUUCCUUCCAACAUGUCUCAUCCGGCAGUGGGGUGGUGCUGGCCGUCCGUUCUAACGGUGAACUGGUGAAGCGCACAGGCAUCACGUGCAGCUUGCCACAGGGCUCCGGCUGGUCCAGCAUGUUAAACGGCAUGUCUCGAGUGGACACCUAUGGGACCGUCGCCUGGGCCGUCGACACUUAUGGUGACUUGUACUUCAUCAACCUGUAGACCUCGUGACAAACCUGGCAGUAACAAGCAGAAGCGAACUUUCUCUGACGUAAAAGUCUCUUAAACUUCUCGUUCAGUAGUUGCCAGUCAUGUCAAUGGCAAUGUUUAUUGUAUAGCUAUGUGACUAGGCAUUCACUAAAUACUAAACAGAUAAAAUGUCUUAAUCUGCA